GCGGGAGGAGUGACGCUUGUUUCCUUGUUUUCAACGCAGCGCGGGAGAUUCAGGAGAAGCGGAUCAAGCCUGAGGAGGAAACCGGGGAAGUUUGUGCUGGUUUGUUAAAAUGCCGUGUGAGAGGAAGCAGCUUCGUUACGGACACUCAGAGGGACACACCGAGGUCUGCUUCGAUGACACGGGGAAGUACAUCGUCACCUGUGGGAAUGAUGGAGAUGUUCGGAUAUGGGAGGGUUUGGAUGAUGAUGAUCCGAAGUUCAUCACUGUCGGGGAAAAGGCUUACUCACUGGCACUCAAGAAUGGGAAGCUGGUGACCGCGAGCUCCAACAACACAGUGCAAAUCCACACCUUUCCUGAUGGCGAUCCAGAUGGCAUUCUGACCCGCUUCACUACCAACGCCACGCACGUCACCUUCAACAGGAGCGGCUCCAGAGUGGCUGCAGGAUCCAGUGAUUUCAUGGUGAAGGUGGUGGAGGUGUCGGACAGCAGCAAACAGAAAACACUCAGAGGUCAUGAAGCACCUGUCCUCAGUGUCACAUUGGACCCAAAAGAUGAAUUCCUGGCAUCUGCCAGCUGUGAUGGCUCUGUAGUGGUGUGGAACAUCGAGGAGCAGAUUCAGUUGAUCAGCUGGCCUCUGCUGCAGAAAACAAAUGACGUCAGUAAUGCAAAGUCCCUGUGUCGUCUGGCCUGGCAGCCUGGAACGGGAAAGUUUUUAGCAGUCCCUGUAGAAACAAAGGUUCAGCUGUAUGAGAGGGGGACCUGGGAACACGUGAGCACUCUGUCUGAUGAUCUGCUGACACAGCCCAUCAACGUGCUAGCCUGGUCUCCAUGUGGGACGUUCCUGGCAGCGGGCAGCGUGGGCGGUGCACUGACCGUUUGGGACGUAAACAGCAAGCUCUGUGUGGAAAGGCAGAAGCAUGAGAAAGGCUUCACAGUGUGUGGGUUGGCGUGGCAUCCAUCGGGCAGGCAGAUCGUCUUCACAGACACAGAGGGCUGUCUGAGCCUGCUGGACGGACUCAACACGUCUGUGUCCAGCACCGAACCCACCAAGCCAGUAGCUAAAAAACCAGCCAACGACUAUGACGACCUGUUCGAUGAUGAUGACGACAGACUCAUGGAUGAAGGGCUCAGCGAUACAAACUCACCGGUGAAAAAACCCGUGACAGCGGAUGACGAUGACGAUGAUGACUUCCUCAUGCCUUCAACAGGACGGGUUAGGAACAGAGGGGCAAUACUCGAUGAUGAGAACUCUCUGGACACGGGGUCUCUGAGGCUCGGUCAGGAUAAAUUUGGGGAUGAUGAUGACGCAGGAAGUGCUGUGGUGCCUGCAGCUGCUCCGCCAGCUCCCCUUCGUCCCAUCUAUGACGGACCCAUGCCAACGCCUCCCCAGAAGGCCUUUCAGCCUGGCUCCACGCCCGCACACCUCACUCAUCGCUUCAUGAUGUGGAACUCAGUGGGAAUCAUUCGCGGCUACAAUGACGAGCAGGACAAUGCCAUCGAUGUGGAGUUCCAUGACACUGCCGUUCACCAUGCCAUGCAUCUCACAAACUCUCUGGGCCACACCAUGGCUGAUCUCUCCCAGGAGGCCGUGCUGCUGGCCUGCUCAAGCACAGAUGAGCUUGCCAGUAAACUUCACUGCCUCCACUUCUCGUCCUGGGACACCAACAAAGAGUGGAUGGUUGACCUGCCCCAGGGCGAAGACGCUCGGGCGUUAUGUCUCGGUCAGGGCUGGGCUGCCGUUGCCACUAACACGCUGAUGCUCCGACUCUUUUCCAUCGGAGGAGUUCAGAAAGAAAUCUUCAGUCUUCCUGGUCCUGUAGUCUGUAUGAGCGCACACGGAGAGCAGCUCCUCAUCGUCUACCACCGAGCUACAGGAUUUGAUGGUGAACAGGCUCUUGGUGUUCAGCUGCUGCAGUUUGGUCGAAAGAAGAGGCAGAUCAUCCACGGAGAACCACUCCCUCUGUCUCAGAGAUCGUACCUGUCCUGGCUCGGAUUCACUGCUGAGGGCACUCCAUGUUACGUGGAUUCAGAAGGCAUGGUCCGUAUGUUGAACCGCUGUUUGGGAAACACAUGGACACCUGUGUGUAACACCAGAGAGACAUGCAAAAGCAAAUCCGAUCACUACUGGGUUGUGGGAGUUCACGAAAACCCCCAACAGCUCAGGUGUAUUCCAUGUAAAGGCUCCAGGUACCCCCCCACCCUACCUAGACCAGCUGUAGCCAUCCUGCCCUUCAAGCUGCCGCUGUGCCAGACGAGCACUGAGAAAGGACAGAUGGAGGAACAGUUCCAGCGUUCAGUCCUCUUCCACAAUCAUUACAACUUCCUGUCAUCCAGCGGGUACGAGAUCGACGAGGACGGGCAGACUCAGUCCCAGAAGGAGCAACAGGAGCUGCUCAUGAAGAUGUUCGCUUUGUCCUGUAAGCUGGAGAGAGAGUUUCGUUGUGUGGAGCUGGCGGAGAUGAUGACUCAGAAUGUUGUGACUCUGGCCAUUCGAUAUGCGUCCCGGUCCAGGCGCAUGGCCCUCGCUCAGCGGCUCAGUGAGAUCGCUCUGGAAAAAGCAAGCCAGAUCCAAGAAGAAGAAGCAGAGGAGCAGGAAGAAGAGCCGCAGUACUCCAGCCAAGCAUCCAGGUAUGGUCAGAGUGAGGCCUCAGGAGGACGAUACAGCAGCAGACGUGAUCAAGAGGAUGAAGAGGAGCAGGAAGAGGAGAUCAGAGAGGAAGAGGAUGGUCAGGAGAUGGAGACAGAAGAAGCAACAGAAAUCAGAAAACGCGUGAAUCCAUUUGCUAAACAGCCCGGCUCACCUGUGAAGCCCUCUCUGACACCAAUUGGUAAAGUCGGACGUUCGAAUCCUUUCAAGGUGGCCGGUUCAGCUAAAGUCUCAGUUCCGUCUGGUCAGCCUCGAGCAUCAAACAUCCUGGACAACAUGACGUCCAGCAGGAAGUCUGCUCCACUCAGUGGGUCUGCAGGGAAACAAAACAAAGGCCCCGUCCUCAAACCACUCGCCCCCAGGCCAAAGACAAAGACUCAGUCCACUCUGCUGCAGAUGACAAACUCUAAAUCAGCCACUAAGAAGACUCAGGAGAACACAGAGCCUCCUGCAGACCAGCAGAAACAAGCAGAAGCCCCGCCUCCCUCCUCACCUGCAGACAACACUGAGAAUCAGCGGCCGAAGACGGGCUUCCAGCUCUGGUUGGAGGAGAACAGGAAGAACAUCAUCGCCGACCAGCCAGACCUGGACGAGACCGAGGUCAUCAAAGAGGCGAUGGGACGCUUUAGGACACUGUCAGCAGAGGAGAGACUGACAUGGACGGAAAGGGCAAAAGGCCAAAGUGGAGAUGCAGCAGAUCUGAAGAAGAGGAAAAGAGCAGAAGGAGGAGGAGGAGACGUGGUCAAUGAAGAUCAACAGGCAGAAGCAGAUGAGAACAGUGCAAAGAAGAAGAAACCACUGGAUCCUUCCUCCAAGCUUUCAGCAUUUGCUUUUAAUAAAAAUUAAAAGUUGUGUUUACUGUUAUGGUGCUGAAAUGUGAAGUUGUUAGUCCUGUUCAAGCUUUUGCUCUUUAUUAUUAUGGCGACUGUCAUUUGAGGCACUUAGAAAAUAAAAAACCCUUAAAAUGCCUCCAGAGGUUGUAACGUUGGUUUGGUUUUUACUUUUAUAUAAUUUCUAUGAGCCUUAAACUGUUUUAACAAAUCAAUAAAUGUAAAUGUUUGUUAGA